AUGCAUUCACCUUCACCAUUCCCACUAGGUCAAUACCUUGCCAAUGGCAACCAUACAGACCCUCCAUUACUUCCCGAUGGUCCCACUACUGGGUUCAAGUUCAACCAUAUGAUGAUGAGAAUCAAAGAUCCUGCUCGCUCCUUGAAUUUCUAUAUCAAAUUGAUGGGCAUGCGGACAGUUUUCACGAUCAAUACUGGCCCCUUCACAAUUUAUUACCUAGGCUAUCCGCAAACAGACGCCCACCGUGCUGAUCUGAAAGCAUUCGGCGAAGAAACUGUGCCUAAGCUAGCACACACUCUCGGACUGUUGGAAUUGUAUCAUGUCCACGGUACAGAGAAAAGUGCAGGGGAAAUCUCCACGGGAAAUCAGCCUCCAAAUCUGGGAUUUGGGCACUUGGGCUUUUCCGUCCCUGAUGUUCCAUCAGCGCUGGAGCACCUUGUAAGCCAUGGUGUGGAGGUUUUAAAACCACUUGGUGCUGCCUCCCGCUCUGAUGUUCCAUUGAGUCAGUGGGAGGCAGACCGCGGUCUUGGUGCGGGUGAGCUGCACCCUACAUAUCAGGCAGUCUUCAAGCAGAUUGCCUUUGUGAAAGAUCCUGAUGGUUACAUUGUCGAGCUUGUCCCUCAGAAAAUGAACGCUCUGGACCCUUGA